AUGUCUGAAGAAACUGCUGAAAAGCGAAAAGAGAGACUUAAAAAUAAGAGAGACACUUAUAGAAAAAGAGUGUCUGAAGAAACUGUUGAAAAGCAAAAAGAGAGACUAAAAAGUUACAAAGACUCUUAUAGAAAAAGAACGUCUGAAGAAACUGUUGAAAAGCGAAAAGAGAGACUUGCAAAUAGGAGAGCCAGUUAUAAAAGGUCUCAAACAAUUUCUGCAGGACAAAAAGAGAGCUCUGCUGGUCCAGUUCACGAACAAAAACAUGCACAAAAUAACAUGAACGAUUUUCAUAAGUCCAAUCAGUAUUCAGUUUGCCAAUGCACUGUCUGUUUUGAAGCAUGGCCAUUGAAAUCCAGUCCAAGGAAGGUUGAUCACUACCAGUGUCAGAGGUGCAUACGAGAUAAACAACAACCAAAAAAGUUUUCUAAGGAAAAUGACAUGGUGCCAUCAUUAGUACCUUUACAACUGCAGGGGUUAACCCAAGUAGAAGAAAUGCUUAUUGCACGUGCACUUCCUGUUAUGCGAGUUUACAUAAAACCUGGUGGACAAAGGGGCUAUUCAGGCCACUGUAUCAAUUUGCCUCAGGAUAUAGCUGAACUAGCACAUUCUCUACCUAGAUACCCAAAAGAUCUAUCUGUUAUUGUUGUUAAGAUGAAAGGUAAAGAGAACAGUUUUAAAGAUGUGACAGUGCGAAGGCAAAAUGUAGCUGAUGCACUACAAUGGCUUGUUAAUAAUAACUCACACUACAAGGACAUAACCAUCAAUCAAAAUUCUUUAAAUUCUUUACCAGAACAUGGUGUUCCACAUGGUCUUCUCUCGGUUGAAACAGAGAAUAUAGAUUUGGAUGCCACAUGUGAACCUGACUUAGGUCCUCAAAAUGAAGAUGACAAUGUUUAUAAUGAGGGUACUGAAAUGAGUAGUUUUCUGCCUAUUCCAGAGUGUCAGCAGCAAGAAAUAGAAGCUGUGCGCCAACAAUUGUCUAAUGAUUCUAAUCACUUGCCCUGGCCAACAGUUGGCAGUGAACCAUUAAACGAGUAUGUAACUCCCUAUUUAGCAACAAUGGCUUUCCCAACAUUAUUUCCAGAUGGUAAGGGUGAUCCUACUAACCCAUCAUUACGCCGAGAUAUACCACUCGGAGAAAGAGUAAAGCACCUUUUAAAGUUUGGAGAAAACAAGAAUGACAAAUGGGUAUAUCGCUUUGCUACUCACCCCAGAUUUGGUUACUGGGCAUUGAAUAUGAUACAAAGAAAACGUAUUCUGCAACAGACAGGCAUGUUCCUAAAACAAAACCCAGGAGAAGCUCAUUUGACUGCUGAGGAGCUGCGGCAAAUGGCAACUAGCAAUAACACAAGUAUGUUUAUAUCUAAGAUAUCACGCUAUCUUAGUAACAUUACUGGUUCUAAUGCUUAUUGGCACAAAGCUAAAGAAGAUUUAAAAGCAAUAAUAGCCCAUGCUGGAGCUCCAACAUUCUUUUUCACAUUCUCCUCUGCUGAUAUGCAUUGGCCUGAACUUCAUGCAAUUUUUGGCAACUCAGUCAGUAAUAAUUCAACUGACAACAAACGGCAGAAUGUGAUUAACAAUCCUCAUAUUACAGACUGGUUCUUUACACAGCGUUUAGAAAGUUUUAUUAAAUACUGGUUAUACAAUUCACUAGAUGCUGAGUGGCACUGGUACAGAUUUGAAUAUCAAGCUAGAGGUAGUAUACAUUGUCAUGGUGUAGCAAAGCUGAAAAAUGAUCCAGGUUUAUGUAAACUCUCAGAAACAGCUCUAAAAGGCUAUUUGGCUGAAAUGUCCACUAAUACAGCUGAGCAAGUCAAUAUACUAGAACUCAAUCAACAGAUAGUGGAUGGGAAAAAGGCUUCCCAGGUAGUUUGUCAGUAUGUAGAUUGGUUAUUGUCUACAUAUAAUCCAGAUCCACCAGAUAAUGGCACAUGGGUGAAGCCCUCUAUUCAUCCUUGUCAAAAGCGUCACAAGGACCUUAGUUUGAGCCCAUUCAUACAAAAGAUCGAAGCACUCAAUACAAAGCAGAGAUCAUAA